AGGUUUGUUUAGGGCUGCUUUUCCUCAUCUACGGCUGUUCGUUGCUAUUCGACUUCGCUUGAACGAGUAGCCAAAUAACUUCUUCGCCUUCUUCGACGACGUUCCUUCCUAUCGGAUCCGAAGUCACACCUCGUCGCCGUUCUCACGGGAGCUUGCUCGUUGCGAAGGCAGCGAUCUUGCUUCCUUUCGCGCGCUUCUUCGGCCAAAUCCCGUAAAUCCGCCGAACUCGCGGAUUUACGGCAAAAAGAGGGAAACGGAGGAUUUAACUCGCUGUGAGAUCUAACAGUUCCCUAAAUCGACUUAGCAUAAAUUGUGUAUGCAAACAGCCCCAAAGUCCUGCUACUGAGCAGCAGCCUCUUCGUGUGCACUGCCCAGGACUCGGUCAGCCAUUUAGCACGAACCACCCGAGCCACCUCAACCGCAUAAACCCUUGCCAAUUUCUUUUCAUCGGCUCUGCGACGAUUACUUCCUUCUCAGCUCACAAUGAAGCUCGAUGUGGACGCUUUGAGGUAUCUAUCCAAAGAAGAUUUCAGAGUCUUAACCGCCGUCGAGAUGGGGAUGAGAAACCAUGAAAUUGUUCCCGCGGAGCUUGUUGAGCGGAUUGCCGGCCUCAAGCAUGGGGGAACAUACAAGGUAUUGAGGAAUCUUCUAAAGCAUAAGCUUGUACAUCAUGACUCCUCAAAAUACGAUGGGUAUCGGCUGACCUACCUUGGAUAUGAUUUCCUUGCAAUCAAAGCACUUGUCAAUCGUGGAGUAUUUUCUUCUGUUGGCAGGCAGAUAGGUGUUGGAAAGGAAUCUGAUAUAUUCGAGGUUGCCACUGAAGAUGGAACGAUUCUGGCUAUGAAGCUGCAUAGGUUGGGUAGGGUUUCUUUCAGGGCUGUGAAAUCUAAGCGUGACUACUUGCUGCACAGAAGGAGCUAUAACUGGCUAUACUUGUCAAGGCUUGCUGCUCUCAAAGAAUUCGCCUUUAUGAAGGCUUUGGGAGAGCAUGAAUUUCCUGUUCCUCGUGCUGUGGACUGCAACCGGCAUUGCGUUGUAAUGUCUCUUGUCCAAGGUUACCCAUUAGUGCAAGUGAAGCAGCUACAAAAUCCUGACGAGGUUUUUGAGAGAAUUAUUGGUCUUGUUGUUCGUUUGGCAGAGCAUGGGCUUAUUCAUUGUGAUUUUAAUGAAUUUAAUAUCAUGAUUGAUGAUGAAGAGAAGGUCACCAUGAUUGAUUUCCCUCAGAUGGUGUCGGUUUCCCAUCGUAAUGCACAAAUGUACUUUGAUCGAGAUACUGACUGCAUUUUCAAGUUUUUCAGUAAAAGGUUUCACCUUUCUUUUCAUUAUGAUAAAAAAGAUGGUUCUGAUGAUUCCGGUUCUGAUUUGGAAGAGGAUGGUAGGCCAUCAUUUUGGUCCAUAGAGAAGUCUACUGGUUUCUUGGACAAAGAACUUGCAGCAAGUGGCUUCACAAGAAAGGAUCAAGAUGAAAUUGAGAAGUUUAUUGAAGGAGAUGUGCGGGAAACAGUGACCUCUGAUGAUGAAGAUUGUGCUAAUGAAAACCAAGCAGAUAAUGAUGUUGCCAAUGCUAUUGUUAAUAUUUUACCUUGCUUGCAGUUGGUAGAGAAGGAGGCCUCAUUAGAUCGUGAAAAUGGGGAUAAUACAGAUGAGCAUCCUGAUAUUUCGGUUACCAAAGAACCUAAAAUUGCAGAAAUUAUUCACAUUGGUGAUGAGAUUAAUGGUUCUGAUGAUGAUUGUGGCACUGGUUCCGAAGAUGGUAUUCCUGUCCUAACAAAGCGUUUAAACAGACAGAGGCAGCGAGCUGUGGCGGCUGCUCGAGGUGGUCGGAAGGCUGUAGUUUCAAGGAAUUCUUACAAGGAUAAGGGUGGCAGCAAAUCAUCUCACAACUCUAAACUACAACGGCAGUCCUGCAAAUUAUACAGCUAAACAAACCAGCAUAAUUGUGUUUCUGGAGAAAUUAUUCUGUGCAAAGGUCGGACACAGAAUGCCGUCCGGAAAUUAACUAGAUAGCAUCAUAUCAACGGUACCGAGCAGUAUUGAGCCGAGCCACAGUAUCAAGGGAGGGGUGACAUGCCACAUUCUAGUUAGUCUCCAAAUAAGUCUCCGGAUGACGUUUGACGUCUGCACAGAGUAAUUUAUCCCAUUUCUGAAGAGUUACAGUAAUCCAUUUUGAUUGUACUUGGUAUGAUUAUUGAGAAUUUAGUGCAUCAAUUGGCUUAUAUAUUUUUUCGUAAGUGUUUAUUUUAUGAUUUCUUAAAGUUUAGGAGAUCAUUUCCAUUCAAUGUUAGUAAGUAUUUAUUUUA